CUCAAACUGUAUUGAUUGUCGUAAAAGUAAAGCGGUUAAUGUCUUGUGUUCUUGCGGAAAUUCGUCCAGAAUUGUGAAAUGGCGGCCGUGGACCAGGAUUCAACUAUCUGGAUAAAGGAAGAGAGGACAGAUGAGGUUCCUAACGAGCCAGGCUCCAUGUUUCUUGAAGACCCAUUAAAUAUUCAAGAGCAUAGUCCUUACAUAAAGCCAGAUCCAGAACUGGAACUGCAUGUGGAAAGCUCUGAGCAUAAUGUGGCAACCUCUACAAGAUAUCAGGCCAAUAGUACAAGGUUGAUUCAAAAUAAUCUAUACGAAAACACAGUAAUUCAAGAAGUGUUCCACAAUGGGCUAGAAUUAGGUGCAGAGGAGUCGACACAUUUCACCUUGUGUGGACCUCGCAAACAAAGAUUGACCACAGAGAAAGAUAGCUUAUUCAGCACCAGUCAAAAAUGUAAUUCAAGGAGAAAGGAACUUGAUAAACUGUGUUGUAGUUUCUGCUUACAGAGCUUUCCUUCAAAAUACAGACUCAUAAUGCAUGUUUUCAUCCACAUUGAUGGUGUCCUGCCACCUACAUGUAUUUGUAAGUCCUGUGGUGAGGUAUUUCCUAAUAAUAUUAGCUUGAAAAAACAUUUGAAGAUGAGUGCAGGAGGCCAAGCCUUAUUUCGUGGCAAAAAUGAAAAAUUUGACUGCAGUAAUUACCACAAAGUCAUCUUCUUGGAAAGUGAUCGUGAAGUUUCUUUCAAUGUACAAAUGGAUGAGCAGUCUUCAUCCAAGGAAACUUCAAAAACUUCUAAGAAGUCCUUUAAUGAUAUGUUUAGCUUGUAUAGUAUGACACACAAUGCAGAGAAAGGAGAUAGGGAUAAUAGUUAUGGAACUUCAUCUACGCUUGAUAAUGAUGUUAAUCUACCUCUGUUCUUUACUGCAAAGAAACUACUCAAGUGUGAUGUUUGUAGCAGGUCUUUUGCUCAGUUGGGUCAUCUCAGGAGACACUCAUUAACACACUUAGGCAAGAGGCCCCACAAAUGUGACGUGUGUGGCAAAUCUUUUACCAUGUUCUGUGAUCUUAAGAGACAUUCAUUCACACACACUGGAAUGAGACCACACACAUGUGAUAUUUGUGGAAAGUCUUUUGCCCAGUUGUCUGACCUCAAGAGGCACAAGAUAAUACACUCUGGAAGGAGGCCACAUAAAUGUGAUAUUUGCGGCAAAUGUUUUACUGAGUUGGGCCAUCUAAAGAAGCAUUCCUUAACACACUCUGGAAUUAGACCACACAAAUGUGACAUUUGUGGCAAUUCUUUUACUGUUUUGCAUAACCUCAAGAGACAUACGUUGAUGCACACAGGUAUGAGACCGCACAAAUGCGAUAUUUGCGGCAAAUCUUUCACCAUGGUGGGUAAUCUUAACAAGCAUGCAUUCAUACACGGUGGAACGAAACCCCACAUUUGUUAUGUUUGUGGCAAGUCUUUUGCUCAUUUGCAUCAUCUCAAGACACAUGCCCUGAUACACACGGGAAUAAAACCACACAAAUGUGAUAUUUGUGACAAAUCAUUUACUGAAAUGGGUACCCUUAAGAAACAUGUAUUAAUACACACUAAAACGAGACCACACAAAUGUGAUAUAUGUGGAAAACUGUUUACGGAAUUGGGUCAUCUGAAGAAGCAUUUAUUAAUACACACUGGUGCGAGACCACAUAAAUGUGAUAUAUGUGGCAAUUCUUUCACUCAUUUGCACAGUCUCAAGACACACACGAUGAUACACACUGGAGAGAAACCACACAAAUGUAAUACUUGUGGGAAAUCUUUCAGCAUGUUAGGUAAUCUCAACAAACAUAUCUUAAUACACACUGGAACAAGACCCCACAAAUGUGAUACCUGUGGCAAAUCUUUUACUGAGUCUGGUACUCUGAAGAAGCAUUCAUUGAUACACUCUAGAAAAAGAUCUGACUAAUGUGAUGUUUGUGGUAAACUGUUUAUCCAGAUUGGCCGUCUCAAAAAGUAUUCAUUUACAGAAAUGGGAUGAAUGUGACACUUGAUGAAAUUAAUUUUCUGAAGUUUAGAUAUCUACACAUUGGUCGCACAAUUUCCAUCAAUUACAGGCCAGUUGUUUGUGUGCAUGGAGCUGACCCCCAGUACAUUCCAGAUGUGUUUCGUUCGGGUCAGCUCAGGUAAAUUGAGUGGACAACACAUCAGCAUUAAUUGUUAUGCUUCCCGAAGUACUGUAGUGCAGUUCUGACCUUGUAACACAAUUAUCCUCAUGGAAGUUGCCAUCACAGUCAGUGAAGACAACCAUCAUAAAGGGAUGCAGGUGAUUGGAACAACAUUUAUGUGGUCCACAGUUGUGGUUGUGCAUUCAGUUACUGCCACAUGUCACUUGGCAGCCCAGGCGAAUGUCCCCCAUAGCAUACCACUGCCUCCAUCUGCCUGUGUUCAUACCAUGGUGCCUGAUUUGAGCUGUCAUUCACCUUGAUGAUGGCAUAUCUGGACACCAUCUUUGACCUGGUAUAACAGGAAACAUCACUCAUCUACCCAGAUGACACGUUUCCAUUAUCUUUUGUCUGACACUAUUUAUGCUAUGCCCAGUGCAUGCAGUUCAAAAUGUUGAUCAUCACGGGAGCACACCAGUGGUUCUAUGCUGUGGAGCACCACGUUCAACAAGGUGCACCAAAUUGGGGGCUCUGAAACACUUAUCUCCACCAGCAUUGUUUCAUUGCCCUCAGAUCUGCCACACAUGGCGACCUAUUAUGCUUUACAGAGAGGACAAGUCUCAGACCUGUACAUUGUGUGAUGAAGUGAGGACAUCGUAGACUUUGUCAUCUACUUGCGGUGUCACCACCCUUCAACCACUUUCAUAAAUGCUAACAACAGUGGCACACUGACAGACAGACAGCUUCACCACUUAGAGGUGCUCAUUCCCAGGUGCCAGGUCAUAACUGCUGUUAGUCAGAGUCAGAUAUGUCAGUGAAUUUAGACUUUCGCAGCCCAUGUUAUCACUAGAAUGAUUUCACAUUCAUCUACGCUUGCACGUACGUUCUCUUUACCACUUCACUUGUCUAC